GGCCGGGCCGGGCAGGGCAGGGCGGUGGCGAUGGUGUCCCUGGGAGAGCGUCGCCCCCCGCCCGGCGUGGCCGGGGACCUGGCGGCGCUGGCCGAGCUGGAUGAGGCGGCGCUGCUGGCCGGGCUGCGGGAGCGUUUCCWGCAGCAGCACAUCUACACCGACAUCGGGGACAUCCUCGUCGCCAUGAACCCCUUCCAGCCGCUGCCGCUCUACGGGAGAGAGGUCUCCGAGCGGUACCGGCGCCUCCAGACCGACGGGCAGCCGCCGCACAUCUUCGCCGUGGCCAGCCGMGCCUACCACGCCAUGCUGGGCCGCGGGGGCGGCGGGCCCCGCAACCAGUGCAUCCUCAUCAGUGGAGAAAGUGGUGCAGGGAAAACAGAGAGUACGAAGCUGUUAUUGCAGCACAUAAUGAACCUGUGCAAAGGCAACUCACAGCUGGAGCAGCAGAUCCUUCAGGUGAAUCCAUUGCUUGAAGCUUUUGGCAAUGCCCAGACUGUGAUGAAUGACAACAGCAGCCGCUUYGGAAAAUACAUACAGCUGCGUUUCCAGAAAAAUACAGUGCAAGGUGCAAAGCUGAGCGAGUACCUGUUAGAGAAAUCACGGGUGGUGCAACAAGAUACUGGGGAGAGGAAUUUCCACAUCUUCUACUACAUGUUUGCUGGACUGUCUUCAGAGCAGAAGGAGAUGUAUGGAUUAUUGGAUCCUUCACUCUACAGGUACAUAAGUGGACGAUUUGGUACACAGGAAGUAGCUGAAUGCUGGAAGCACAAAUACCGAGAGGUUUGCAAUGCCCUUGACAUGGUGGGCUUCCAAGAACAGGAGCAGGUGGACAUGCAGGCUAUCUUGGCUGGUGUGUUGUCUCUGGGAAAUGUGACCUUUGAGCCUGAGGAGAGCGAUGGGUCUGUAAAAGUCAGUGAAGCCUCACGGGGAUGGCUGAAGGCUGCAGCGGGUCAGUUUGGAGUCCAGGAAGACGAGCUGUUAAAAUGCCUGAUUUGUACAACUUCAGUCACCCGAGGAGAGCAGAUCCAGCGUUUUCACACCCAGCAGCAGGCGGAAGAUGCUCGGGACUCCAUCGCAAAGGUGGCCUAUGGCCGAGUGUUUGGCUGGAUUGUUUGCAAGAUCAAUGAGCUGCUGGCUGAGAAUGUGGAUCCUGAGGUGGAGCUGAGGGAGAUAGGCAUCUUGGAUAUUUUUGGGUUUGAAAACUUCGCAGUGAAUCGUUUUGAGCAGCUUUGCAUAAACUUGGCCAAUGAGCAGCUGCAGCAUUUCUUCAACCAUCACAUUUUCCAGCUGGAGCAGGCUGCCUACAAGGAAGAAGGGCUGCCUUGGGAGACCAUCACAUUCAACAAUAAUGAACCUAUUCUGAAUCUGCUCUUGGCCAAGCCACUUGGGCUGCUGUCUCUUCUGGAUGAGCAGAGUGCAUUCCCUCAGGCAACUGAUAAGACAUUUGUGGAUAAACUAAACAGCAGYUUUAAGGGGAAUUUACACUUCCAGCCAGUCCGAGGCCGUGUUUUGGGUUUCAGCAUCAUUCACUAUGCUGGGAAAGUACAAUACGCUGCCAGGGGCUUUCUAGAGAAGAACAGAGACACCUUGCCAGCCAACAUCCGUGGGCUCUUCAUCAACAGUGUCACCCCCUUGCUCAGUGUGCUGUUCACAGCCACUAUCUCCAGGACGGGGACCCUGAUGCCUCAUGUGAAAGCCAAGGUCAUACCAGGAGCAGAUGACAAGUUCAGCAGCACACGGAAACAAUCUGCUGGAGCUCAGUUCCGGCAUUCCCUGAUGGUGCUCAUGGAGAGGAUGUAUUCUGCCAACCCACACUUYGUGCGCUGCAUAAAGCCCAACAGCCAGAAGGAGCCAGGCAUUCUGGACGAUGACGUGGUGCUGCUGCAGCUCCGGUACAAUGGGCUGCUGGAGACAAUCCGUAUCCGAAGAGACGGUUUCUCCUGGAGACCCUCCUUUGAGGAAUUUGCUGAAAGAUACGGAAUUCUUCUAGUUAAACCUGGUGUUCCCCUGACAAAAGAAAGCUGUUUGGAGAUACUGCAGAGCACAGACUUGAAAGGCUGGAUUUGUGGAAAGUCACGACUUUUYUUUAAAUAUUGGCAUCAGGAGCAGCUGGCAAAGUAUGUGGAGCGACUGGAAAGCGCAGCAGUUGUCAUACAGAAAGUUUUUAGGGGAUUCAGGUGCAAGAAGAGUUUCCUAAAACUGGUGGCUGAGCUGAGGGCUCAAGCACAGCAGCUACARGACGAGGCAGAGCGAGAAAGAAUCCGGCAGCUGGCACUGGCAGCAGAAGCCCAGGAAAGAAACUCCCUUCCAGUCCCCAUGCCACGGAAGAGGCGCCCUCAGCCUGCUCCUCAUCCCUCUGCUAAGUCACAGCAGCCACCGGUGCCACGGCCCCGCAGCAAACUCACAGAGUCCACUCCUUUUGAUAAUUUCUUGAACCCUUCUGUGCCUCGUCCUGUUCUGGGAACUGAGGAACAGACUGGAGAAGAAGCAAAAAUGAGGAAACUCAAGAGAGGAGCAACUCUCCGUUGGUUCAARGAGACACAGGCCCAGAAGGUCAUGCAGGAUGAUGGGGCCUUUCCAAGCUGGCUGCAUGGGAUGAUCAGUCGGAGAGAAGCUGAAAACUUGCUGAUUGACAAGCCUUUGGGUUGCUUCCUUGUUCGGAUCAGCCAGAGCCGACCAGGCUACAUCUUGACAUAUCGGGGUGAGGGCCGCUGCCGGCACUACAUGAUCCAGAUGCAGCCCAACGCACGCUACGUCAUCCUGGGGGAGGACCGGGCUCACRCCUCGCUCACCGAGCUGGUUCGCUAUCACCAGACCGUGGGCAUCCAGCCCUUYAUGGAGAUACUGACUGUUCCCUGCGGGCAGAAGAGUAGUGAGAGUUUGAAUUACGAAAAUCUGGAGUGCCUCACACUGAGUUCACCAGCAGACAAGGGGGAGACCCCUCCAGAGAAGCAGUCCUGCCCCCCUGUGACUUCCACCAGCAAACCUGCUCUACAGUGGUUCAGAAGGACCAAGAAUUUCCAAAACCAACAAACCCCAGASAAAAGCAGGACAAAGCCAAGCUCUGAAGAGAGUAGCCAAGGAGCCUUUCCUCGCCUCCGCUCUUCCAUACGCCUGGCAAUGCAGGAAAUCCAGCAGUUCACUUCCACUCCUGUGAACAUGUCUAAACAGAGGAGCUCUCUGCAGUGAGGAUGCACAGCCUGAGCGACACGGUCCAAGUGGCUCAGACCUGUCCUCUUCCAGUGCUGUUGGGCCUUGCCUAAUGAACAWGUCCAGACAUACGGCAGACUUCUUCCCUUUUUUUAACUUUUUUUUUUUCUCCCCUGAACCCUGCUGGCCUUGUGCUUUUAGGCAAGGCUGAUGCAGAAGUUAACCUUCCUCAGCACUGAGCUGUGCUGUGACUGCAGUGUCUGGACCAGUCUGAUCCUGGCAGAGAGAAGAGGAUGGGAGCAGUCACACUCUGCACAGGUCCACAGUGCCUGACAAUCUGUGUCUCCAUUCUUCCAUGUUCCUGGAGACUCCUCACCUAGCACUGUGAACAGYCACAAACUGGAUAUCUCCCAACAACCUGUUCUGUCACUAAUACCUGAUUACCUACCUCUUUCUCUUCAAAUAYCCUCUAUUUUGGUCCUGUGUAUCUGCUGCUCUGGGAGCCAAGGGAAGGUGGGCUUGGGCAGUAAGAAAUAAAACUGAAGUCUUUUUUGUUGAGUGCAGGAGCACUUGAACAGAAGCUGAGACAAGGUCAAGAAGAUCUUUCUUUUAAAGGGGAUUCACUGCCCUUGCAGCAGUGUGCUGGCACACUGCUCCACAGUCCUUAACCAGAGCUCCAGCCAGGGAAUCAUUGGUGAAACCUUCUCACUCAUCUUGGAAUCACUACACAUUCUGGCUGGACARCAUGCUGCUUUACACUGAGAGUAGAGGGCUUGGAACAUAAAGGACCAUACCACUUGUACUGUCUUUCCUACAUUUGAAAAUAAAUCUCUUUUUUUCCUACAAGGAGAAGAUCACCAUUUUCUUUGUUCCUGUUACCUGCAAUCAGCUCAGCCACAGAUUGCAAAUGGAAGAGAGCAGCURCCACCUCUGAGGGUAGACAUGGGGUCAGGUGGAGUCUCAGUGGAAAAGCUGUGUGCUGAUGGUGGAUACUAACCCUGGCAUACAACUGCUACCUGUAGCAGCCACUCCUGUACUUAUCUACUCCUGAAGUAGCUCUGGAGCACUCCUUACUCCACCUG